ACGGAGCGGUUGGCCCGUGUGUGUGCUGUUGUUACCAAAGUAUCCGCAUAACGUGGCCAGAUAAGAAGAUAUUACCUUUUUCUUGCCGGAAGAUUACUUUAAGUUAACAACCAUAACAAGUGCAAACGUGUGAGAAAAACCUUAAAUCAAAGCAGGAGAAAAACCAAAAAAAAAAAAAGGAAGAGAAAAGCUAACCAAAAUGCAAACGUGUAGAAGGAGAAAAGCCGGAGGCCAUUCAGCCUCCGCGAUCCCGUGGAGGAGCCUCUGCGUGGCCACUCUCUGUGGACUGCUGCUGCUCGGCAUUCAAAUUGAGCAAGCGGCGUCUGCGCCCGCAGGCGAGGAUUCGGCGGCAGAUACAACAGCAGUGCCAGUGCUAGAUGCCACAACAGAUGCACCAACCACAUCCACCUCAUCCACAACAAUUGCCGUAGAACAAAGCAGCAGCAACAGCACUGAGGCAGCGGAUGGUUCAACGACUUCCACGACGACGACGACAACAACAACUGAGGCGGCCAACAUAUCGAGUCCGUCCGAAACCGAAGCUGAGAUUACCACUAUGCUGCCAAGCAUGGACUCCUCGUCCAGUGUGAGUUCGACCAGCAUUGAACCAAUCACCUCAACGGAACCCACGACCACGCCGCGCCUUGAGACGGAGCAGCACAUGGUUUUCUCGCACACAGAGCCCGACCAGAGCCACAUCCAGCAUAUACCACUGCGGGAUGAACAUGCAGAGAACAGCGGCAGUGAUGAUGCCACCACCGAGAUGCUUCGCGAACACCAGCAGGAGGAGAGCGAGCAGCGGCAGAAUGAGCUCAAUCAGAUCUCCAACGAGCAGGACGACGUGGUCAAGGAUCUCAACAAUUUCCGACAUCCGGCUACGCUCAUAACGGCCAGCAACAGCAACGGCAACAGCGACGAGAUCGUUGAAACCGAGAGUGACAAACGGGUUGAGACGACAACAGGUACUCCUUCUCCAGCCACGUCCAACAGUACGACAGCAGCAGGCACAACAACAUCCAGUACGGAGAGUGCGGUGCCGAGCGAACGCGAAGAAGAUCCCUAUCAUGUGCAUAUACUGUCCGAGAAUCAUGAUCGCCUGGCCGAACACGAAGAUUAUCAAAUGCUCUCGACCAGCACCGAGGAGUCGACAUCGAGCAUGGCCGGCAUUGUUGUCAGCCAGGAGAACAAGGCAACCGCUGAGCCAUCAGCAGUGACCGAGUCCACAACUACAACCACAUCCCCGGCCCCAUCUAUAGGCACAUCCACAACCACAUCGCGAGCACGCGCCAUGCAUAUGAAUGAGCCAGAAAAUGAAACAGGCACCACCAUAAUGCCGGACAGCGAGUCGGGCCCAGUGAUUAACAUUGUUGAAGGACAACACACACAGCGGCAGCAGCUGCAGGAGGAGGAGGAGAAGAAGUCGGAGGAGGCACUGAAGGGCAAGGAGACAGAGUCAGUGAGCCAGAGCAGCUCCACCACCGAGGCCUCUGUCACCACCACAACCUCGGAGCCAUCGCCAUUUGUGGCUUUCGCUGGCGAGGGAAGAUCAGCGGGUGGCAGCGAUGAUGUGGAGCUGUUCCUGCACCACAAUGGUUCCACUCACGAGCAGCUCAUGGAUCUCAGUGAUGUGGACAUGGACGAGGAUCAGAAUGGAAGCAGCAGCACUAGCACCACCACAACGACAACGACCACUGUUCAGCCGGAAACGGAAAUGCCCAAAAUUGUGGAGAUCACAGCCAGCGGGGAUACCAUGCAGCGCGAAUGUCUGGCCAACAACAAGAGCUAUAAGCACGGCGAGAUGAUGGAUCGGGAUUGCGACGAGAAAUGCACCUGCAACCGCGGCGACUGGAUGUGUGAGCCACGCUGUCGGGGAUUGAGCUAUCCCCGCGGCAGCCAGCGCAGCAUGGCCAAUCCCAACUGCCGGGAGAAGGUCGUGGAGGAGGACGAGUGCUGUAGGAUCAUGGAGUGCAGCGAGCCGCUGUUAGAGCCCACCGUGGUGACAUCCGAGGCAGCUGCACCGUCCACGGAAAAGACGACAGGAGAGGCGGCGGCAGUGACCAUGCCGCCAGCUGAAGACGACGCCACGCCCAAGCCGCGUACCGACUGCCACCACAUGGGCAGCAUCUACAAGUUCCGGGAGCGCCUGGAGAUCGGCUGCGACCAGAUCUGCCACUGUGCCGAGGGCGGCGUAAUGGACUGCCGGCCCCGCUGUCCGGAGAGGAACCACACGCGGGCGGACAAGUGUGUGUAUGUGAAGGAUCCGAAGGAUGUGUGCUGCCAGCUGGAGCUGUGCGACGUCACCUUGGACGAUCACGAGCAGCAGCCAACCCCCGCUCAGAACACAUACAACGAAGAGUCGGGCGAGCACAAUAUCUUCGCCUUCCAGGAGCAGGCACGCGAUGCAGGACAUGUCAGUGCUAGGUGCACCUUCAAGGGAUCCGAGUACGAAGUGGGGCAGCAGUUCCGCGAUGGCUGCGAGCAGCUGUGCCUCUGCAACGAGCAGGGCGUGCACUGCGCCAAGCUGGAGUGCCCCUCGAACUUCGGGUUGGACGUUCAGGAUCCGCACUGCAUUCGCUGGGAACCGGUGCCAUCAGACUUCAAACCUUCGCCGCCCAACUGCUGUCCUGAGAGUAUGCGGUGCGUGGACAACGGCACCUGCUCCUACCAGGGCGUGCAGGUCGAGAACUGGUCACCAAUUCCGGCUAACCUGACAGGUUGCGAUCAGCAUUGCUACUGCGAGAACGGACGCGUGGAGUGCCGGGCGGCCUGUCCGCCGGUGCCAGCUCUUCCGCCUGCGGAUCUGCCCUGCCAUCUGGGCCUGGCCCGCCUCCUGCCAAUUCCCGACGACGAGUGCUGCAAGCACUGGACCUGUGCCUCGCAAUCGCCCAAGGCAGGACCUGCUGGACAGGAGCCUGAAGAGGAGGCCACACAGUCCUCGAUCCCGAUCAAUGAAACCACAACCACGACAGCGACAAUAGCGACAAGUACCGCUGGCAAAGUGCCCCAGAUCAGGAAGGACGAGGACAAGAAGUCCUCUACAAGCGGCGGUGCCUUCUAUCCCACCUUAGAUGGCAAGCCGCCGAAGGCAAUCGGAGGUCUGGGCAUCUUCGAGAAGCCAGAGAAACCCGAGAAGGGUCACAAGAAGGUGCAACAUCAGCACAAUCAGCCGCAGGAUCAGCAGCAACAUCAGAACGAUGUCAUUUUCGAUGGCGAGCGGCCGGAGGAGCAGGAAGGUCCCUUGCCACCGAACGCCGGUUUUGUGCCCUUCCAAUUUGGCCACCAGCAUCCGCAUCAGCAGCAGCAUCUCGGACCCUAUGGCUUCUACAAUCCCGUGAAGCCCGUUUACGAGGACUAUAAUCCCUACGAGCCGUAUGACAUCAAUCCCAAUGGCACGCCCCAGGGCAAGCCGCCACCGGUGCCCACUAGUCAGUCGGAUUUGUUCAACAUAUUGGGUGCGGAUCAACCAAAUCAUCCCGGCCAUCCAGGACAUCAAGGCCACCCGGGUCACCUAGGACCUGUUCCGAUUCAAGGACAGAAGGAUAACCAUAACCUGCACCAGCAAGUCAGAAUAGAGCAGAUACUGCAGCACCUACAGCAAACGGUUCCUGGAGGGCCACCACCGCAGCAGCAGCAGCCGCAACAUCCACAGCACCCACAACAGCCUCAGGUGCCUGGCCACUAUGUGCCCAUUGUGCACAGUGGAGUGCCUCCGCCACCGCCAGGACAUGGAAUUGCCAUUGUAGAUGGCCAGCCAGUCGCAUACGAGAGCUACCCAGUGAUACCAGGCCUAGGCGUGCCUCCGUCGACGCUCCACCAGCCGCAGCAGCCACAUCAGACGACACCGCAACAGCAUCGGCAGCAAACGAUCCUGCCCAGCUCCAGCACAACCUCCGGACUCUCGACGCAGGCCAGCGAGCACAGCCUGCACCAGAACCAGGACAAGUUGACCAAGCAACAGCCGCAGCAGCAGCAGCAGCCAGGAGCCGGCAAUCUACAGCCUGACAUUGAGGUUCACACCCUGGAGGCCAUCGAUGCGCGCAGCAUCCGCAUCGUCUUCACCGUUCCCCAGGUGUAUGUGAAUCUUCAUGGACGCGUGGAGCUCCGGUACACGAACGGACCCAGCAAUGAUACCACCACCUGGGAACAGCAGAUCUUUGCGCCGCCAGAGGACCUGAUUGCCACCUCUCAGAUGGAGUUCGAUCUGCCCAUGCUGGAACCAAAUUCACUUUACAAGGUCAAGAUCACCCUGAUCCUGCGUGAUCUUAAUUCGCAGCCCACAAGCAGUGUGUACACCGUAAAGACGCCACCAGAAAGGACAAUCACGCCGCCACCUCCGUUCACCGACUACAGACCAGACUUCCAGGACAUCUUCAAGAACGUCGAGGAUCCCGAGCUGACGGUCAGUGAGACGAAUGCCUCCUGGCUGCAACUUACCUGGAAGAAGCUGGGCGAUGAGCAAAUGGAGUACGUUGACGGUGUGCAGCUUCGUUACAAGGAGCUGACGGGCAAGAUCUACUCCUCGUCGCCCCUGAUCCAUCGCACCCUCACCAGCUAUACCAUCCAGAACCUGCAGCCGGAUACGGGCUACGAGAUCGGACUCUACUACAUCCCCUUGGCCGGACAUGGUGCGGAACUGCGCGCCGGACACAUGAUCAAGGUGCGCACUGCCCCGAAGAUCGAUGUCUACGGCUUCGAUGUGACCGUGAAUGUCACAAAGGUAAAGACCCAGAGCGUGGAGAUCUCCUGGAAUGGAGUUCCCUAUCCGGAGGACAAGUUCGUGCACAUCUACCGGGCGAUCUACCAGAGCGAUGCUGGCAAAGAGGACUCCAGCGUGUUCAAGGUGGCCAAGCGGGACAGCACCACAGGAACCCUGAUCAUGGAUCUCAAGCCAGGCACCAAAUACCGCCUGUGGCUGGAGAUGUACCUGACGAACGGCAACACCAAGAAGAGCAACGUGGUCAAUUUCAUCACGAAGCCAGGUGGUCCGGCCACUCCUGGCAAGACUGGCAAACUCCUAACCGCGGGCACGGACCAACCCGUGGGCGAUUACUACGGACCUCUGGUUGUGGUUUCUGUGAUUGCCGCCUUGGCAAUCAUGUCCACGCUGGCCCUGCUCCUGAUUAUCACCAGGAGACGAGUGCACCAAACGGCAUCCAUUACGCCACCACGCAAGAGCGACGCGGCCUACGACAAUCCCUCCUACAAGGUGGAGAUCCAACAGGAGACCAUGAAUCUGUAACUGACUCUCGAUGCCCCUCCAAAAAACAACUAGUUUAAAGACAGAUUCUUGUAAAUAUUGAAGAGAACCGGAAGAUUACUCAGUGUCAGUAAAAAUGGUAAAAAGUAAAGAACCUGACUCAAUCAGAUUAAAUCAGAUGGAAGAGAUAUAAUAUGUUUAACUUUCUGAAGCCGGCGCAAGAUCAAAAACAAAUUUAUUCAAUUCGAAAUGGCCGCCAUGUUGUAUGUAGUGGUUAAGUAAUCUAAAAAGAACACACAUCUUUUGUUAAACAAUUUGUGACUUGUGUAAAUAGAGAGAGAGUGAGACAGAAGGUAGACAUCAACACCCUAUGGAAGGAUUAAUUAAUUGAGGAAAGCUCCACAACUGAAUUGGCCUCGCUCGCCAUGGCGCACGGAUUCUUCUAGCGAUUUCGAAAUGCAUACGAGUUUAGUUAGUUUAACUUGUAAAUUUUAGCUUUACACUUAUCGUAAUUAAAGGGCGCGUCUGCAAUGCUCCGAUCUACCCGACAGCAGCAACAACAUCAGCAAUAUUUGGCUCAAACGAUGCGUUCUUCAAUUAACAGUCCAUAAAUAUUUAAAUUAGUUCGUAAAACGUACAGAGAUAUAUGU